UCAGGCCAAGUCGCGUUUUUUUUUAUUCGCUUCCUCGCUCCUCCCCGUGUGUGUCUCGGGAGAAGCCGCAGAGCGAGGAGUCGCCGCCGCCGCCGCCGCCGCCGUCGCCGCCGCGUCUGUCGCCGUCUUCUCCGCCGCCCCGGUCACCCUCGGGUCCCGACUAACCCCCCACCAUGGACUGGCAGCCAGAUGAACAGGGCCUCCAGCAGGUCCUCCAGCUCCUCAAGGAUUCCCAGUCCCCCAACACGGCCACUCAGCGGGUUGUCCAGGACAAACUGAAGCAACUAAACCAAUUUCCUGACUUUAACAACUACCUGAUCUUUGUCCUGACACGAUUGAAGUCAGAAGAUGAACCAACACGCUCCCUCAGUGGCCUCAUUCUGAAGAACAAUGUGAAGGCACAUUACCAGAGCUUUCCCCCACCAGUGGCUGACUUUAUCAAGCAAGAGUGUCUCAACAAUAUUGGUGAUGCCUCCUCACUCAUCCGAGCCACUAUUGGUAUCCUCAUCACCACCAUUGCCUCCAAGGGAGAGCUCCAGAUGUGGCCAGAACUGCUGCCCCAGCUGUGUAACCUGCUCAAUUCUGAGGACUACAACACAUGUGAGGGGGCCUUUGGAGCCUUACAGAAGAUCUGUGAAGACUCGUCAGAACUCUUGGACAGCGAUGCGCUCAAUCGUCCCUUGAACGUUAUGAUCCCCAAGUUCUUGCAGUUUUUCAAGCACUGUAGCCCGAAGAUCCGGUCCCAUGCCAUUGCUUGUGUAAAUCAGUUCAUUAUGGACCGGGCCCAGGCGCUGAUGGAUAACAUUGACACCUUCAUUGAGCACCUGUUUGCCCUGGCGGUGGAUGAGGACCCAGAGGUUCGGAAGAACGUAUGCCGGGCGCUGGUCAUGCUGCUGGAAGUCCGGAUCGAUCGGCUCAUCCCCCACAUGCAUAGUAUCAUUCAGUAUAUGCUGCAAAGGACUCAGGACCAUGAUGAAAAUGUGGCCUUGGAGGCCUGUGAGUUCUGGCUGACGCUAGCUGAACAACCCAUCUGCAAGGAAGUCUUGGCUUCCCACCUGGUGCAGCUGAUUCCAAUUUUGGUGAAUGGGAUGAAAUACUCUGAGAUAGACAUCAUCCUGCUCAAGGGGGACGUGGAGGAAGAUGAGGCCGUUCCAGACAGCGAGCAAGACAUCAAGCCUCGGUUCCACAAGUCUCGCACAGUGACGCUGCCUCAUGAGGAGGAGCGGCCCGAGGACCCCGAGGAUCCUGAGGAGGAUGAUGAUGAUGAUGAUGACACUUUGUCUGACUGGAACUUGAGGAAGUGCUCAGCGGCGGCGUUGGACGUCCUGGCCAAUGUGUUCCGGGAGGAGCUGCUUCCUCACCUGCUGCCUCUGCUGAAGGGGCUGCUUUUUCACCCUGAGUGGGUCAUCAAGGAGUCUGGAAUCCUGGUCCUAGGAGCCAUUGCUGAGGGCUGUAUGCAGGGUAUGGUUCCAUACCUGCCUGAGCUCAUCCCCCACCUGAUCCAGUGCUUGUCAGACAAGAAGGCUUUGGUACGAUCCAUUGCCUGCUGGACACUGAGCCGCUAUGCCCACUGGGUGGUCAGCCAGCCGCCAGACAUGCACUUGAAGCCCUUGAUGACCGAACUGCUGAAGCGAAUCCUGGAUGGCAACAAGCGUGUGCAGGAGGCAGCCUGCAGUGCCUUUGCUACCCUGGAGGAGGAGGCCUGCACAGAGCUGGUCCCUUACCUGAGCUUCAUCCUGGACACUCUUGUGUUCGCCUUUGGCAAGUACCAGCACAAGAACCUCUUGAUCCUCUAUGAUGCCAUUGGGACACUCGCUGACUCUGUGGGCCACCACCUCAACCAGCCCGAAUACAUCCAAAAGCUAAUGCCCCCUCUGAUCCAGAAAUGGAAUGAAUUGAAGGAUGAAGACAAGGACCUCUUCCCAUUAUUGGAAUGCUUGUCGUCUGUGGCCACAGCCCUCCAGAGUGGGUUCCUGCCCUACUGUGAGCCUGUGUAUCAGCGCUGUGUCACGCUUGUCCAGAAGACGCUGGCCCAGGCUAUGAUGUACAACCAGCACCCAGACCAGUAUGAGGCCCCGGACAAGGACUUCAUGAUUGUGGCCCUUGACCUCCUCAGUGGCCUGGCUGAGGGCUUGGGAGGCCAAGUGGAACAGCUGGUUGCUCGAAGCAACAUAAUGACUCUGCUUUUCCAGUGUAUGCAGGACACCAUGCCAGAAGUCCGUCAGAGCUCCUUUGCUCUCCUGGGAGACCUUACCAAAGCUUGCUUCAUGCAUGUCAAGCCCUGCAUCGCUGAGUUCAUGCCAAUCUUGGGCACUAACCUAAAUCCUGAGUUCAUCUCCGUCUGCAACAAUGCCACCUGGGCCAUUGGGGAGAUCUGCAUGCAGAUGGGGGCCGAGAUGCAGCCCUAUGUGCAGAUGGUCCUCAACAAUCUGGUGGAAAUCAUCAACCGCCCCAACACCCCCAAGACCCUGUUGGAGAACACAGGUCGCCUGACGAGUCCCUCUGCCAUUCCAGCCAUCACCAUCGGCCGCCUGGGCUACGUGUGCCCUCAGGAGGUGGCGCCCAUGCUCCAGCAAUUCAUCAGGCCCUGGUGCACAUCUCUCAGGAACAUCCGAGACAACGAGGAGAAGGACUCGGCCUUUCGGGGCAUCUGCAUGAUGAUUGGGGUGAACCCUGGAGGGGUUGUGCAGGAUUUUAUUUUCUUCUGUGACGCUGUGGCCUCCUGGGUGAGCCCUAAGGAUGACCUGCGGGACAUGUUUUAUAAGAUACUCCAUGGCUUCAAAGACCAGGUAGGGGAAGAGAACUGGCAGCAGUUUUCAGAGCAGUUCCCACCCCUGCUCAAGGAGAGAUUAGCUGCCUUCUAUGGCGUCUAGGUGAAGCAGGGAGACCACGCACUAGGUUCCUGACGGUGUUGGGAGGGGUUGCUGGGAGCUCAUCAGCAUCCAGGUGUUGCAGUGCCCUGUCAGUGGGGGGUUAGGGAGGAGUACGUGGGACACAAAACUAAAUGACUUCCCGUCUUCCUGCCAUCGCGGGGGUGGGGGGUGGGGGGCCUCCACGCUCAUUCUACAAACCAGGGGCUUUCAUCUCUGGCAGAAGCCUGAGCAGUGCCAGCCACACGGGGGGCGGUGGGUGGGGGGAGGACUCGCUGCAACAGGAUCUUGUUUUGGAGGAGGAGGAGGAGGAGGAAGAAGGGGAAACAAACGGGGAAAGGGAAUUAUUCUCGUGAUCUGAGAGACACUGACACAGAUGGUCUCUCGAGUGCGCACAGAGUAGGGUUAAAAAGCGUUUAAAAAUGAAAGGAAAAAUAGAACAAGCAGCCACUAUUCUGGUACUGCCCAUCAGUCUGGCGGGGUGGGGGGUGUCGCUGUGGGGAUUAUGGUGCAUCCAGAUUGGUGGGAGGGGGCUUUGCCUGUUUCUCCCACCUUUUUCCCUGACUGCAUGGUGACAUUUAGAGUAGCGAAUCCUGUGAGUUAGGCCAUAAUGACUUAAUGUAACCUUCAUCUAGAGUUUAAGAUGCUUCUGUAAUAGGUGCUGUGCAAUGGUCUGAAGAAGGCCAUGACAGAGGGUCCCAGCUGGCGAGAGCCCAGGGCCUUGGGGCCAAGGGUGGGGAGGGAGAAAAAGAAGGUACAGAGCCUCCUCUGGGCUGUGUAGCCCAGCCAUUCAUCCAGGAGGGGAGCCAUUUCCUGGGCCCUGGGCCCUGCUAUGCUGGUCAGCACUGUAGAGACGCAUGCUUCCAAAGCCACUGCUCAGCGAAUUCUCCUCUCACUGGUUGUGCACCUGUAUCUCGUGCUGCUGCUGCUGCUGCUGCUGCUGCUGCUGCUGCUGCUGCGUUUACUUCACCUUUCCCUUUCAAACCCAUGGGAGGGGUCAAGGGGGGAGGAGGUAGCAGCUGGGAGGGGGGUUGGAGCAUUUGGUGAGCCCUUCCGACCUGGGUCCACUGUCUCCCAGCCUCUGUCCUGAGGCUGCUCAGCAAUCUUCCCACUGGGAGGAGGACUGUUUGCUUCUCUACCACUGUUGGUUCCCCAUAUGUGGAUGAGCCCUAAGAUAUCUGAGCAUAACUGAAUACAACUUUAGUAUCUAUUCUUUUCUCUCCUAGAAAUUUUGAUAGGACUGCCUUAGGGGUUCCUUCCUGUUUCCUUUUCUGUCCUGUUAUGGCCUCUUGGCCAUCCUUUUCUUGUCUCAUUUUAUUUAUCAUUUUUGGUCCUGGGACAAUGGCUGGAACCAGCUUUGGCAGUAGCCAAGAAAGGCUUUCUUCUGGAUGAUUUUGUUUGCUGGGAAUUAAGUCAGCCAAGUGGUAGCAGCAGGAAUCUCAGAGCCUGAUGAAUCUGACUAAGGGGAAAGUGAAAUGGACUGCACUUCCACUUAUUCAUUCCCUCAGUCCUCACCAAGAGCCCAGAAGGGAGAAGUGGUUACUUGAGGUAGAAUUACAUAGGACAGGAACUUUACUAAAUGCUGCCUGGCCUGGACCUAAGCAAUCCAGGUGUGGUGAUUUUCCUGAGCCUGAGGACUGUCAGGAUCUUGGAGGACUCCAGAUGGGGAUGGGUGAAAGGGGUUUAAGGGGAAUUAUGGUGAGGAGGGAUUGUGUUGUGUCCCCAGUGUUUUACUAAUGGGCUUUGAUGGAAGCAAACUUAACUGGGAAGCAUUCCCCCUCCAGCAGCUUUCUGCUCCCUCUUGUCUCCUCUGUUCUUGGAUUUUGGUGUCUUGUCAGCCCUUCCCUAGGGGCUAAGAUCUCCCUUUUUUCCCUUUCUUGGUUGAUGCCCUGUAACUUCUGCCUUCCUUCCACCUCAGGAUGGGGAACCCUGUAGCUUUGAGUCAGGGCCUGUCUGUCCCUUCCAUUUCUUCCAUCCCUCACUUACCAUUUCAAGCGUGUUGUCACGCACAUUCCUCAGCUCAGCUUUUUAAUUUAAUUUUUUUUAAAUCGCGUAAAAACUCGAGCAGGUCUCUGGGAGCCGUUUACAAAUGUUUUUUUUUUUAUUUUUUGUUAAUUUUAUUUUAAAAAUUCUGGUUAUUUGGAGAACCUUUUCCCCUGGGGUGCUGGAGGCAUAACCUUGUAGCAGUCCGGGCUAUGCCUUUGCUCAGCUCAGGAUGAGAGGUCCAGGUUUAGCCUCCGCGGGGCCCAGAGAAGGGGAACGGAGGAACAAGGUUUUUUUUUUUCCAGAUUAUUUAAUUUUUUAGUUUGUUUUAUUUAAAAUUUUCGGGUUUUUGCACAAUGAAGGUAAAGCUCCAUGAUCCAACUGCCUCUGCCUCUGUUUGAGUUAGUUUCUGAUUUCGGGAGUUCGCUUGGCCUGGGUGACGGUGCUGACUCUAGUUUUUAGCCUCCUGUCUGUUGAAUCCUCGAUUUGUACAUUUGUAAAUGUGCUGUAAUGUUUCCUAUGGUAAAACUGCUGUGGAUUAGUGUUGAAGCAACUGCUUGCACCUUUGCUCCAAUGAGAUUUUUCUCAUUUUAUGUAUAAUUUUUUGUUGACUAAAAACCAGUUUCUUGUGA